CGCUCUCUACUCGACUCUCAUCUGCCUCCCGUCGACCACCUUCUUUCCUCUUCUCGCUCCAGAUUUCUCAAGAGAGAGAGAGAAUGGCGUCGCGAUUCUUGACCCGAUCCAAAACCCUAGCGCACGCCCUCUCGCGCGCCGACGCGAUCGCGUCGCCGCCGCUCGCCGGCGCCCGGUGGCUCCGCGCGCUCUCCACUCUCCCCGGGGACCCGGCCGCCGCCGCCCCGUCGCCGCGGCAACCGUCGGUCCGCUCCCCUCUCGACCUCUCCAAGAUUCUAGGGUAUGAGCGAACAUCACAACUCAGUGGCACGCAAGUAUUGCCUCGUUGGUUUUCUACUGGAGCAUCUAAUGGAUCUUCUGUGCAGCAGGUGCGGGAAGGCGCCUCCACAAAGGUGACAGCAUUCAGCCCAUUAGAAGCAACUGUUGCAAAACCCAGAAGCAGUCCAUUGACAAGUGAGAGCUUGAAAGUGAGUCGAUCUGAGUUGGCAACGAAAGUUUCAUUUUACAUGAUCCCGACUCUGCUUCUUGUGUCAAGGAAUAGUAUCAGCACUUCUCUUCUGGUCAUGUCAGUAUUCCAUCAAAUCUACAUGUUCCACAAGGAAAUCUUUCUGGACUAUGUCCACCAUGACAUUACCAGGAAGUGGGCUUUGAUAUACUUCAAGAUUCUCCUGCUGAUCAUGGCUAAGGACACUGUGGUCUACUUCGAUUUAUUUUAAGUCCGGUAUGGUAGUUUCUCCCGAGAUACAUUAGACACACAGCCAUGCACUGAAAUAAUGAAGAUAGACAAAUAGCCAGCUUCUGGUUCUUCUGUUAUUGAAUAUGAAGUUGCUGUUUUUUUGUGCUCAUUGAUUAGUGGCCAACCAAAACUGUGUGUUUCUUCAAGCAAUUUUCACUUGCCCUUAAAUGAUGAAGACAGGUUUGUCCUCGUUUUGUAAUAAUGGUAAAUAUCAACUAUGUGAUUUCUGUUCA